AUGGGUUCCAUCUCUCAUUUGACAGCAGCAGCAGUGCUUGCAUUGUCAGCAACAGUGUCUGCUCAAAACUCGAGCUCGUGUGCUUCAAUGCCAAUCGUCGACCUUGGAUAUGCUCGUCAGCAAGCUACCUCAUACAACGCAACCGGUGGAUACUACUCUUUCUCCAAUAUUCGUUAUGCAGCUCCCCCAGUCGGUGACCUUCGCUUUGCCGCUCCUCAAGCUCCUGCCGUAAACCGAAGCCAAGUUCAAACUGGAAGCGAUAGCCGUACCUGCCCUCAGGCAAGCCCAGCGUGGGAAGCAAUUGCUGCACAAUUCAUUCCUGCGUACCUGUUUGGAAAAACAAACUUCACCAUGUCAGAUUUCAACUUGACCACUUCAAGCAGUGCAGCUGCAGCAGACCCAAGUGAAAAUGAGGACUGUCUGUUCCUUGAUGUAGUGGUGCCGGAAGCCAUUUUCAACUCCAACAAGCAACACCCAGUUCUGGUCUGGAUCUACGGAGGAGGCUACACCGCUGGUUCCAAGACUGGCUCCGGAAGUCCCGCUGGUCUACUCGAGCGAUCUCAAAAUGACAAUUCAAGUGGUGUCAUCUACGUCGCCAUGAACUAUCGUCUCGGCGCCAUGGGAUGGCUGUCGGGGCCUACUUUCCAGGAAAACGCAACAGCGAACGCUGGUCUGCACGACCAGCGAUUCGCCCUUGAAUGGGUUCAGCAGAACAUUCAUCUGUUUGGAGGCGACCCUAAGAACGUGACAGUCUUUGGUGAGAGUGCGGGUGGUGGUUCGAUUAUGCACCAAAUUACUGCUUACGGCGGUCUCAAAGGACCUGCACCGUUCGCAGGCGCUGUGCCCCAAUCUCCUGGAUUUUUCCCUGUUGUCUCUCCAGCAGCUCAGGAAGGUGUCUACAAUGACUUCCUUGCCCUACUGAAUGUAUCCAGCUUGGCUGAGGCACGUCAACUGCCUUCAUCUGCCAUCAUUGCCGCAAACGCAAAACAGGUCGCUGGAGCACCUUACGGCCAAUUUGUUUACGGACCUACCGUGGACGGCGACUUUGUGCCUGCUCUUCCAGGUCAACUGCUUGCUCGUGGCCAGUUCGACAAGAAUGUAUCCAUGAUGACCGGCCAUAAUACAAACGAAGGCCUUCUGUUCACCUCGCCCUUCAUCAACAACAACUCGGCACUAAACGAAUUCUUAACAAUGGGCUUCCCUGCACUUAGCUACAUGCCCGAGACCUUGAAAUAUAUCACCGAGACUCUGUACCCACCAAUCUUCGAUGGUAGCCAGGCUCAAAACUACACCAACCAGAUCGGUCGCGUGGAAGCGAUUUUGUCCGAGGCAGUCUUCACUUGCAACGCUGUCUGGCUCAACAAGGCUUACAACAACGAAACUCACGCCUACCUCUUCAACGUACCUCCUUCUCUUCACGGUCAAGAUAUCGCGUACACCUACUAUAAUGGUAACGGCAGCGCAACAGCUGGAACUGGAGGAACAAGUCUGGGUGUCCAGAACGCGCCUGUUGCUCUUGCCAUGCAAGAGUACAUUACCGAGUUUGCAAAGACUGGAAACCCCAACGUGAGAGGUGCACCAUUCUUCCCCAUGUAUGGAAGCAAUGCAACCGUCCAGGCUCUAGGACCAAGAACUAUUGCCCCCAUGAGAGAUCCUGCUGCCAGUGCGAGAUGCGCUUGGUGGCAAAAGGGCUUAUUCUACUGA